AUUGUUACGCACACAAGCGCGGCGGUCACUGGCUCUACCUGCGCAGGAGUCGCAUUCCGCGCUCGCACCUCCGAUUGGCCGUCUCGUCAGGCCCACGAAGCCUUCAGUACUCGUCCCCAAUACCCAAUAUUUAGAAAGUGUUUGUGCCCGUUGGAAUAACAUGUCGACUUAUUAAAGGUCCAAAAUGUGUCGACUAGCGCCCCUCCUAGCGGUGGCCGGCCUGGCGUCGGCGUCUGCGUCUGCGCAGCUACCCGACGUCAAGUGCGGACAACUGCGGUGUAAGGCCAACGAGUACUGCUCGCCGGAUACCAAUCGCUGUGCGCCGUGUGACGUCAUCUGCAACAGGACACAUCACAACUAUGACUCGGGACUGUGCGUACAGGAAUGUCAAAAUUACCUUCUUGACUUACGAUACCUACACCAGGGCGAUGCAGAAGGUUCUUUGAAAUUGCAAGCUGUGCAGCGACAAGCCCAGGCUGCCCUCAUCAUCAGCGUGGUGUCGCUGGCUCUCCUGGCGCUCGUCCUCAUCAUCGUCUGCCGGGGAAGGUACUCCUGGGCGUAUCUCAAGAAGAAGUUCCAGCCUACGAAGAACCGUGUGAAUAACCACCCAGCCGGCCUGACCCACCACAACCCACACGCCGAGAUGAUACGACCGAAGCCCGAAACCAAGUUGGAGAUCCGAAGCCCUGACCGGCCGCAAGCCCUGAACGUGCGCGACCUGGACACCAGGACCUCCCACGCCGACAGGAGCCAGGGUGCCAUGACUCCGAAGACUGUCAGCACAGCCCUUAGCAACAGGCACCCGGCUGAAGACAGCACCUUGGACUUCGCUUACGAUAACCGAGCGUUGAACGUCACACCUCCGGACAGAUUCUGAGACAGGACUGUCCAGUUUUCGAGCGAAACUGUCCAUAUUUAGGUGUUUUAUGGUUAAUGUUUUAUUGAUUACUUAUAAUUAUGGUCUACGUAUCACAAGAAUAUGAAUAUUGUCGUGAGCUGACUCUGGUGAAUGAUAUUACGAGAGUGACGAAGUGGUAAAUAUUGAAAAAUAUUGUAUUUGAAUUGUUAUGGACUUUAUAUUACUAGCGAUCCGCCCCGGGUUCACACCGGUAGCAUAGAUAUAUAAACUAAGAAAACUCACUUUACAACAUUCUAAACAGGAAUAAAAUCCGUCCACAAGUUUUUGAGAUUAGCGUACAUACAGAAAAAAUAGACAGACUUUAUAUACUGAUGACAUUUGUUAUCUGGUUAUAACAGUCAGUUGAGGAUGCGUAAAUUUUCUUGUUUAAAAAUAUUUUUUAGUAGUAAAUAGCGUGCAAAGUAACUUAGUCUAAACUACGUGAUCUUCCAUCUAAUAUGCAGGAUAAAAUUAAUUAUUUAAUUAGUAUUUCAGUGAAUUGUGACUACUUAUUGAGUUAAACCUGAUGUAGAUGUCUUUUUCUUUUUUUUAAUAAUGUCGUUUGCUCAAUAUUAUGCUGUGUAUACACCUCUAAAAUCAGGCAUUCAACAUAGCUGGCGCUAAAGAAAUCUAAAAUUAAUAUAAUCUAGAUUUCUGUAAUUGGCACAACACGAUAUUAUCAUGAAUUUAUACGAUAUUUCUUAUGACUAAAACUUAUGGAAGUAAUAAGUUGAGUACUUACUAUACCAGCCUUGAACUACUUAAAACAAAAGAUAAGUAAUGAUGGAGAUGUAAUUAAAUUUACGGAAUUAUUAAUAGUAGUUUAAUGUAGAAGGUAAUUGUAUUCCAACAUUUCAUUUAAGUUAUAUUUGAUGGAUUCAUUAAGAUUUCAUGUGAUUUAUGAAAUUUUCAUAGAAUAAAUGUAGGAAAAAAAUACAUCUUAAUUAAUAAGAUACCCAAUUGUAAUUACCUGGUAUUGUUUUUUGUAUAUCUAUGGCAAUUUAUAGUUUUUUUUUAUUUUGUCUACACCGUUGUCUUAGAUUCAGAUUAAUUAAUAAUUAUUUUUAAUGUAGAUUGUUAAUCUAGUAUUUAUACUUCGGUACGGUGAAAUGAAAUGUAAUUUUUUUAAAUAUGGUUUUGUGGCCCUUAUUAAUGCAGCUAUACCUUAAUUUUUUUCGAUUCUAUGUAAGUAAAUUUUGAUAUUUACAUAAGAAGAUAAAGAAGAUUGAUAAUAAUUACUUAAAAGAGCUUUGUUCUUACAUAAUAUCAGUUGUAAAGUUUCGAAAUGUUUUAUUAAUCAGUAGUUAAUCUAUUUAUACUUUAUUUAUUAAUACUGUUACUUUAGGAAUAUACAGUAAGAAAUACGCAGUGUAUUCGCGAAGCAAUAUUAAUAAAAUUAAGUAGUUUUUUAUUAGAAGUUUGGACAGAUAUUUCGAUUAAGUAUUUGUUUAUACGCUUUCAACAAGAGCAGUCAAGGGAGCUGUAUAGUUUUCAGAAUUAUUGUAAUUAAUUCAUAAAUGUGUCUUUUUAUAGAUAGAAAUUAGUUAGAUGGUGAUAGUUUAUCACAUUAAUCUGUUUCCUUAUUAUUCAGAUAUAUGUGGUUGUUCAUUUAUUUGAUUAAAUUUAGUUGCUUUAUAAUCCAUUGUUAUAAAUAUUGUAAUUUUCGAGUUCAACUCGGGUUUAAAUAAAUAUGACAGCGCGGCUGAG